GACGCGUUUCCGGCGGGGCGCUGGCGGCGGCCGCGGACGGGACUCGGUGGCGGCGGCGGCGGCGGCCCGGGGGCAGCCGGGGGCAUUUUGUUUCCAGAGAUGUCUUUCAUCUUCGAAUGGCUCUACAACGGCUUCAGCAGCGUCUUGCAGUUCCUAGGUUUGUACAAGAAGUCUGGAAAGCUGGUGUUCCUGGGCUUGGAUAAUGCAGGGAAAACCACUCUGCUGCACAUGCUCAAGGAUGACAGGCUGGGCCAGCACGUCCCCACGCUACAUCCCACAUCAGAGGAGCUGACGAUUGCUGGAAUGACUUUCACGACUUUUGAUCUGGGUGGACAUGAACAAGCUCGCCGGGUCUGGAAGAACUACCUGCCUGCCAUCAAUGGGAUUGUGUUCCUGGUGGACUGUGCAGAUCACUCACGGCUUAUGGAAUCCAAAGUUGAGCUUAAUGCAUUGAUGACAGACGAGACAAUAUCCAACGUGCCAAUCCUUAUCCUGGGAAACAAAAUCGACAGACCAGAGGCCAUCAGCGAGGAGAAACUGCGGGAGAUCUUCGGGCUCUACGGACAGACCACAGGCAAGGGAAACGUGCCACUGAAGGAGCUGAACGCGCGCCCCAUGGAGGUGUUCAUGUGCAGCGUGCUCAAGAGGCAAGGCUACGGCGAGGGCUUCCGCUGGCUAUCGCAGUACAUCGACUGACGCCCACGGCCGCGAGAGUCAACUCCUCUGGACUGAUCCUGUUCACUUCAGCUUCCUAUGGACUUUUCUAUUAGAACAUGGAAGGCUUUCCUGGCGUUGUCCAAGAGACUCCUGGUUUCCAGCUGCCCCUAUGGCACAGUGGUGACACCGCUCUUUUCCGGAGGCAGCGCCGUCCCUGGGUUGUCCCUGCCAGUGGGGUGACAGCGGGGCUGCUCCAGCCUGGGAAGGCAAAACUCUGCACGCUGCAGUGUAACAGCUGAAAAAGAGAGCACGUCUCACCACUGUGGUCAAUUGACUUCAAAAACAAACAAACAAACAAACAAACAAACAGAAAAGGAAAAAAGCAAUUAUAUUUUUUAAAGAAAGUGUUAAUGUAAAUGGCGUCCCUUCUAACUUUUUAGUUUAACGUUCAUCUUGUUUAGUCCAGAGUCUGGUUUAGGGUUUUUUAAGAAUAUAUUUAACAGUAUUUAGGUAUUUCACAAAUUACUGAAGCAAGGUAUCACGAUAUUAGAAGUCCUCAAUAAACAUAGCAUUUGGGCUUAACUGA